CCUCCGAUUGCCUCCUCUUGCAAAGCACCCUUCUCUCUCUGAGCCGAAUCAGGACAGACCGCGUUUGUUUAGGGCAUCCAUGCGGGGAACCACUUGCGUGUGUAUCCUGUCAGAGAGGAGGAUGCGGAGAAGGGGACGGCUAAAUAUUACAGAAACCUCACGUGGCAGUCAGGCAUAAAAAGGGAAGGGCUCGACAGAGCUCCCGGACAUUUGCCUCGCAGCCAACAUGGAGCGACUACGCACGCCGAAAGACUUGCAGAUUCCUGUAUCAUACGGCAAUCUUCACGCCCUGCAGUGGGGACCCGAGGAUGGUGUUCCUGUCCUGGCGAUUCCGGACUGGUUGGACAACGCAGCGUCUUUUCAACCCCUCGCUCAACGCCUAGAUCCUUCGAUACGUUUGGUGUCCCUGAACCUCGUAGGACAUGGGUCAUCAGCGAGGCUACCUAAAGGAUUCCAAUAUAGUCAUCAACAGUUCGUGCACGAUAUGGGCUUCAUACUGGACUACCUCAACUGGGACCACUGUGGGAUUAUCGCUCAUGGACUGGGUGUGACAAUGGCACUGUACUACGCUGGAUUAUGUCCGGACGUGUGCGACUGUGUGGUAUCGUUAAGCAUCGCAGACACUGUGAGCACCAGCUUAGUUCAUGUCAUGCCGACACUGUUCCAGUACGCACAAGACGAGGCACUUGUGAAGGCGAAGUUUGCUUUUGAAGAACUCGACUCGGCCGUUAGUGACUUGGUGGACGCCACAGGGGGCUCUCUGGAUGGAGACUCCGCAAGGCUUCUGCUGAAGGCCGAAGAAAAAGCCGGUCAAAGCAUGUCUCUUGCUGUGUUAUCGAGGUGUUUGCGGGUAUUCACAAUGUCGGACGCCAGGAAAAACUCGUUGACUCUUCAGAACACGAUGACACUUUACAAAGGCCCACUGCUGAUGGUCAGCGUCAAAGACUGGAGGGACGCGGACGUGGACGACAUGUUGACGAUCUGCGAAGACUUUUUCAAAAGUUCAUGUGAACCGUUCAGCAGCAUCGAAGUGGAGGGAACGCACCACGUGCACAUGAACAACCCUGCUGCUCUUUCGGAGCACGUCAACAAUUUCCUCUUGAACUUUGGCUCGUCGCCGUACUCGGACGAGGAAGAUUGGGUUAACCGCACACAAGCGAUGUCACUCAUGGAAAGUGACUGCAUCCUGUGAGCUUUCAGUUGUGACGUCUGCUAUUUAUUGCGCCGCGUUCCUUCGGGAGAUGUCAUCAUCGAUGUUGUACAUACUGUAAAUAAUGUAUUUUGUCGCGUAUGCAUCUGUUUUUGUUGUUGAAUAGUCAGGACUGUCGUUCACGCGUUGCAUAAUAAGAAUGUGUAGUGAAUAUUACUAUGCUGCCUCAUCUUGAUGUAUAUUCCUUCCGGUACAUUUAUUGCGCGCGCUAUGUUGGAGAUGGUAAUUGAAGAUGCGUACAAACAAAGAACGCCUGUACGAAUCUAUCA